UUGGUGAACUUUACUUCGGUUGUGCGAGUCAAUCGGAAAAUCUCAAUUCAGAAUAAAUCUGAAUUCCACGGUAACGUGGCAUUUUCGAGAAAACCGUUUUUGUAGUUUAUAUUGGACGUGUUUAUUGAAUCAAAAAUGACUCAAUUUUCUGUUGGGAAUCUUCUCGCGGGAUUCACGGCCAUAAUCGCAGGCACUUUUUUUCAGCCCGUUAGAUAUCCUACGAGUGUCAUGCCUGAUGAUAUCAACGUAGACUUCAUAGUCGUGGGCUCAGGCUCGGCGGGAAGUGUGGUAGCUGGUCGGCUGGCCGAGAUUUCGGAAUGGGAUGUGCUGGUUUUAGAAGCUGGAGGACAACCUCCAGCUUUUGCCAAAGUUCCAUUCCUCCACUUCGGCUCAGAUUUUACCAACUCUUCAUACGUGAACUAUUACAAGAAGCGUCCUCAGAAAUAUUCUGAGCAAUUCGCGAAAAAUAUAGGCGGCCUGUACAUGAGAGGAAAAGUGAUUGGCGGCUCAGGCACCAUCAACCAGAUGAUGCAUCAUCGCGGUAUUCCUCAGGAUUACGAAAACUGGGCAGCGCAAGGUAAUCCAGGCUGGGAUUAUGACACUGUCCUGAAGUAUUUCAAGAAAACUGAAGACUACCAGGGUCCUCUCAAGUCCCGAGAUGCUCCAUUCCGAGCUUUUGGAGGUCCUAUUGGCGUGGAGAAGGUUGCUUGGAAGCCUCCAGUUUGUCGGGUGGCCAUCAGAGCGGGCGAGGAGAUGGGGCUGGCUGAGGUGGACUACAACACAGACACAACUAUUGGCAGCGCUAUCUUCCAACUCACAACCAAAAACAGAGAACGGGUGACCACAGCAGACGCGUUCUUGUUGCCUGGCCUACGACGUCGGAACCUUAAACUGCAAAUCAACUCUCGAGUAAUAAAGAUACUCAUGGAUGCUGAAAAUCGGGCAAUUGGAGUGAAAUAUGUUCAUAACAAUAAGAUGAAACGAGCGUUCGCCAAGCGAGAAGUGAUACUAUCAGCGGGCGCAGGUGAUUCUCCCAAGCUGCUGAUGCUGUCGGGCAUUGGGCCUAAAAAACACCUAGAAAAACUAGGGAUUGAAAGCCGAGUCGACCUACCGGGAGUUGGACAAAAUUACCAAGACCACUUAUAUGUCCGCGGAAUAAGUUGGACCAUUCAUCCCAACAUUUCGUCUUCCAUUUUCGAACGUGUCGGGACGAGUGCCAUGCUGAACUAUUUCGAAAGGAGAUCAGGUUCGUUGACAACUCCAGUUGGAAUUUGUGCUCUGUACCAAUUAAACGUAGGCAGUCCUGAGGAACCCCAUAUUCCGGACAUUCUGAUAAGCCAAGAAGGUGGACUGCUGGGUCAAGACUAUGGCCUCCACUCCCUUUCACCUUACAAGCAAUCGAUACAUGAUUACUAUCAACCAAUCAAAGGAAGAGAUGGUUUCUCUAUGACCCCGAUGCUAGCCAGACCCAAGAGCGUCGGGACGGUAACCCUCAUGUCCAAGAACCCUUUCGACCCGCCCGUCCUGGACCACAAUUCACUCAGUCACCCCGACGACUUUGAGCUCAUGGUCAAAGCUGCCAAGGCUUCUCGAAGGCUAGGAAAUGCCAAGAUCUUCCGGCGGGCUCUUGGCGCUGAACCCAUUACAAAGCCGAUUCCUGACUGCGCGCAUUUCGCGUUCGAAUCGGACGACUACUGGCGCUGCUUCGUGCGUGGCUGGAGCGGCAUUGGGUUGCACAUGUGCGGCACCUGCAAGAUGGCUCCAGACUCCGACCCCAUGGGGGUGGUGACGCCCAGGCUGAAGGUUCGAGGUGUCAAGAAUUUACGAGUCAUAGACGCUUCUGUAAUGCCCUCCAUUACAUCAGGGCACAUAAACGCCGUCACAUUCAUGAUUGGGGAGAAGGGAGCUGAUCUCAUCAAAGAAGAUUACGGCAAAAUCUGAUCGCCAUUUAAGCUAAACAGUUUAUUUAUCAUUAGUUUUUUUACGUCAAUCAAAAUAAUCCAGUGUCUGCCUUCGUAUUUUAAUGCUUUCUAAGUUUGAAGGGAAAAGAGUGGUGAGUCCAGGUGUUACAAGCGGCCUACUCGUGUCGUCUUCUUCUCCUCAACCCGUCAUGAAACAAUCGAUAAUGAAAAAAGACUACAGAAUUAACCUGUAAAAUAAUUCUCAGCAAAUUCACGUUUAUCUCGCCGCGUUUGUCUUAACUACUCGAUUGAGGUCGGUUUUUAGUUUGAGAGGCAUACUUUUACAAAGUCAAAUACGCAUGAUUCGUCCGUAUCAUUAGUAAAUCAUCUCUGCUCAUGUUAGUUUACGUCUCAUGUAUCUCGGUACUUAUCAAGCUAUAAUUUUAUCAUAGAUGCUCGACACACGGCGUCUUCUAUGCAAUGGUAAACUUCGGUAUUUAGUUCUUGUUUAUCAUGAGCCACUACGUGGGCAGUAGUAAAAGCAGUAGGAAUUGCAAAAAACAAAUUCGAGUUACCAUUAAAUGUUUGCUUCAUAAUUUAACCAUUAUAAUAAUGAUACCGAUUUAACGCAAAAAUUUUGUAGCUCAUUUUUUGUAGACUUGGUUACUGCGAGCAAAAUUCACGCAGCCAUUUCAGAAGUCGCUACUCUCUUAAAUAACAAAAACAACAUAAAAUUUAUUCAAUUUGAUAUGAAGUUACUUAAUAACGCUCGUGUGGCAAGUCUUGACUGCGCAACGUGGAGAAUAAAGACAGCGAGUUGAGACUAGUGUUUCAGAAUCUUUCAGGGGUGAGAGCUCAACUACCAAGAAUUUCGUACGAUAUAUUUGUUUCUAUAUAGGUAGAGUGUGGGAACAAGUAGAAUGCACGAAUAAGUAGAGAGGGAAUGAGUAAGUGGGAAUAAGUUAAGUGUAUCAAUGACCAGUGGGAAUAAGCAGAGUGUGGGAAUAGGUAAGUAGAGUGGGCAAACAAGUAGAGCGGGAGAAUGUAAAGAGUAGGGGUGAGUAGUGUGUGGGAAUAAGUAGGGUGUGGGAAUAAGAAACGCAUGAGAAUAAGUAAAGUGAGAAUAAGCAGAAUAAGUAGAGUGAGGGAAUAAAAAGUGUAGGAAAAAUUAUAGUGUGGGAAUAAGUAGAGUUUAGGGAUAGUUAGAGUGUGGGAAUAGGUAGAGCCUGAGAAUAAGUAGAGUGGGAAUAAGAAGAGUGUGAGAAUAAAUAGAGCCUGAGAAUAAGUUGAGUGGGAAUAAGUUGAGUGCGGGAGAGGACUAUAGGACCAAACACUAUACCAUUAUAAGCGUACGUAUAAUUUGGGAUUGCAUGGCGUGAGUGACGCGUUAUAUGCACUGCCGGCCUAAAUACCGGGAAGGUAUCAGAAUGAAACUGAUAUUUGGGCGUUAUUUCGACAGGGGACUCAAUGCCGGAAAUACUUAAAGUUAAUCUAUAAUGAAUUUGAUAUGAUGGGACAGUUCAUGCACAUACCAUUCUCUCUUAAUUCCCAUUUGUAAAGCAACGAUAAUAAAUUUCGAAUGUAGCCGAGUAUACAAUGUCAUUAAAAUUAUGAUUGAUCCUGAUGAUCGAUCAUUUAACGAUUACUUAAAAGCUUUGAAAUACGAGUAAAUUUGGGCACUGCAAUAUUACUGCAAGUGAAAUUGAGUGGGCAAAUUUUAAUUUCUGAUCAUAAACCAUAGUUUUAAUGUACAAAUUUGUUAGCCGGUUUAAUAGUGAACAUAUAUGUUCAAGUAAACUUCUGUGAAUACUGAAUUGUAAAUGAAUUUUUUAACGUGCGAACAUCUGCAAUACUAGCAUAGGUCUCUUUGUUGAAGCAAAUGCGAAAGUAACGCGCAAAAAAUGGAAGGUCACAUAGAAAUCAUUUUAUGGGCCCACUGUUAUUCAUUUGUCCACGCCAAUCUUUGCACAGGUUAUUUACUAGCGAAAUUCAGUAAAUGAAUUGUGACAAUGUAAUUUUUUUCACUUAUAUGUCGCCUUCCUCUCAAACCUUCAAUUUUCCAAAUGCAUGAAUCGAAUGAGAAUAUUAAACAUCACCUUUCAUUCGUCUGGACGAAGUUAACAGAACGAAGCUAUGUUGCAGGGUGACCCAGUGGUUAAAGUUCAGAGUACCAGAUUGGAGCAGAGAGGC